AUGCUAGUUGACGUCAGCAUUGCAGUGCGUGCGAACGAUCCAGGUGCCGUUCCAUGCCUGCUACAGAAGCUUUCGGAGUUUGGGGGUAAACCUUCUGUUGAUCACAAUGAUACUCGUAUGGAAAUGCUUUCGCACGCCAAAGCUCUUGUCAGGGCGCUACAGACUCCCCGUGAAACCAUGAUUGAACAGAAUUGGGCGCAGCCGGGUUGUCAUACUGCCAUCACAACUUGCUAUAAUGCAGGUGUGUUCGGAGUGCUUGGGGACCAACCAAUGAAGGUCGAUGACAUUGCAAGCAAGCUCGGGAAGCCUCGCGAGCUCUUAGCUCGCUUGAUGAGGCACAUCGCAGCCAUGGGUUUCAUCACUGAGACAAGUAGUGAUGAAUACAAGGCCACAAACUUUUCGAAAGCAUUGACCAUACCCAUCAUUGGAGAUGGCUACCCAGCUCUUGGUGGAGGAGCCCAUCAGUCUUGCAGCAAGUUCUCACAAUAUUUGGAGAAGAAUAGUUACGAACUCACUACCGAUAUCACAAACGGACCUUACCAGUACGCAUUCGGGACGGAGCUCGAUAUGUUUCGGUAUCUGGAUACCCAUCCGCCUUUGGGACAGCAAUUCAAUAACCACAUGGGUGGCUAUCGGCAGGGCCGACCAAGUUGGAUGGAUAGCAACUUUUACCCAGUUCAAGAGCAGCUCAUCCAUGGCAUGGACACCUCCAAAGACGCUAUACUAUUGGUAGACAUCGGUGGAGGUUACGGCCAUGAUAUUCAAGAGUUCAGGAACAAGUAUCCUCAAGUCCCUGGUAGGCUUGUGCUACAGGAUCGCCCGUCCGUUAUCGAAGGAAUUGAGCAACUGGAUCCCAUCAUCGAACGUAUGGAGUAUGAUUUCUACCUCGAGCAGCCAUUGAAAGCUGCUCGAGCAUACUAUAUGCACUCCGUGUUGCACGACUGGCCCGACGAUGUGUGCCGGAGAAUUCUGAAGCAGGUUGCCGGCGCCAUGAAGCCAGGUUACAGCAAACUGCUGAUCAACGAAAACGUCAUUCCGGACACGGGUGCAGACUGGCAGGCCACCGCCUUGGAUAUGAUGAUGAUCACCCUAUUUUCUUCAAAAGAGCGGACGUAUACCCAGUGGAGCCAGCUGUUGGAGUCACCCGAGAUCGGUCUCAAGAUUGCAGCUGCUGCGCACUAUCCAAGCAUGAAAUCUCUAGUGCACCAAGCAAUGCAAAGAUAUAUAGAUCUUGCUCGCUAUGCAGAAUUGAUUGUCGUGAUGCCGAUCCAGAAAAAGGAAGGUGUAGAGCCGGCGACCAUUGAGAAAGCAGUGACAUAUCGAGAUUCUCUGUCGGUGACAUAUCCCCUGAUUGACGCGACUGAGAUUGCGAACGGUUCGGAUAACAUCGACCUCGAGAAGGGCGGCGUUACACGUGAACACCUUGUCAUCAGCGUAUCUGGCAUGACCUGUACAGGAUGCGAGACAAAGCUACAGCGAACACUGGGUAGUCUCGACUACGUCAGCAAACUUCAGACCAGCCUGGUCCUUGCCCGCGUCGAGCUCGAUAUCAACACCAAGCUUGCGACUGUCAACGAUGUGGUUGAACACCUCCACCGCACAACCGAGUUCAAAUGCGAGAUCGUCUCGAAUCAAGGCUGUAGUCUGGAUCUUAUAUGUUCGGGAGACCCAGCGGCUUUUGUCAAUGGGCAGUGGCCUGAUGGAGUAUUAGACGUACGCCGCCUAAACAAAGAUACAAUCCGUGUGGAAUACGAUGCGAAGAUUGUAGGAGCAAGGAACUUGAUGUGUGACGAGUGGAGUCGGUCGUUGCAACUUGCACCGCCUUGUCCAGAUUCUUCUUUGGAAGCUGGCAAUAGGCAUGUUCGAAACAUGGGCUUGUUGACAUUGCUCUCUGCCGCAUUGACCAUUCCCGUACUGGUCAUGGCAUGGGCACCUCUUCCUGAGCGCGAGAUUGCUUAUGGCUCCGCGUCACUCGCCCUCGCUACUGUCGUCCAAGUUGUCAUCGCCGGUCCUUUCUACCCGAAAGCGCUCAAGGCAUUAGUGUUCUCCAAGGUCAUUGAGAUGGAUCUGCUCAUUGUACUGAGCACAAGCGCCGCGUACAUCUUCUCAGUCGUCUCGUUCGGCUACCUGGUCAGCGGAAACCCUCUAUCAACGGGCGAGUUCUUCGAGACAAGUACACUGUUGGUGACACUCAUCAUGGUCGGACGAUGGGUGGCAUCGUUGGCGCGACAAAAAGCGGCAGAGUCCAUCAGUAUUCGUUCCUUGCAAACCCCUACUGCCAUGCUGGUCAGCGACGACGGGAUGGAGAAGGAGAUCGAUGCUAGGAUGUUGCAAUAUGGAGACAUCUUCAGGGUCGCUCCAGACUCGCGCAUUCCGACAGACGGUACCGUCAUCUCGGGUUCUUCGGAAAUUGAUGAAUCGAUGUUAACGGGUGAGGCUCAGCCCGUUGAGAAGCACACCAAGUCGGCCGUUAUUGCAGGAACCAUUAACGGAAGCGAAACGCUUACCGUUCGCCUAACCCGUCUGCCUGGCGAUAAUACCAUCACGACGAUUGCGGGUAUGGUUGAUGAAGCGAAGCUUUCCAAACCCAAGAUUCAAGAGAUUGCCGACACUGUAGCCAGCUACUUCGUCCCUGUUGUAGUGACCCUGACAAUCAUCACUUUCGUCAUCUGGGUCGCCAUUGGGGUUGCGAUACGACAUCAAUCGGGCUCAGAAGCGACCAUCGAAGCCAUCACGUAUGCCAUCACAGUCCUAAUUGUCUCGUGUCCUUGCGCUAUUGGUCUCGCGGUCCCUAUGGUUAUCGUGAUCGCGUCCGGUGUCGCAGCGAAGCGCGGUGUUGUCUUCAAGACGGCAGGUAGCAUCGAAGUCGCGUAUAGAACGACCGACGUAGUGUUCGACAAGACGGGUACCUUGACAGCAGGAAAGCUGGCGGUGGUGCAUGAGGAAUAUGUUCAGGGUGGUAGUGUGGAUGACGCCAAGUUACUUUUGGGUUUGCUUGGCAAUGUCAAACACCCCGUGUCGGCGGCCAUUGCAACACAUCUCUCGUCGCAAGGUCUAUCUGCUACAGCCGUACCAGACGCCAAGGUAGUCACCGGUAGAGGUGUCCAAGGGAUGGCCAAUGGUAAGAAGCUACGCGCCGGUAACUCGAGAUGGCUUGCGCUUUCCGAAGAUCCGCGUGUCCGCUCCAUGCUGUCCCAGGGUUUCACCACCUUUUGCUUCACCGUCGACAGCACUCUAGUAGCCAUCUAUGGUCUGCAGGACACACUACGACCUGACGCAGCAUUCACCAUCGAUUGUCUCCAAUGUAGCGGCAUCAAUGUCCAUGUACUAUCUGGCGACGAUGAUGGCGCUGUUAAGGGGAUUGCCUCGCAGCUCGACGUACCAGAAGAGAAUGUUCGCUCUCGUUGCUCACCUGCAGAUAAGCAAACUUAUAUUCAGAGCCUUCUCGCGGCAUCUUCAACAGCUCUUCUGACUGGCAAGUCCCGCAUGCCGAUUGUCAUGUUCGUUGGGGACGGCACAAAUGACGCUGUUGCCCUUGCUCAAGCCACAAUCGGCGUCCAUAUGUCGAGCGGUACUGACAUCGCACAAUCCGCUGCCGAUGUAGUUCUUGUCCGUCCUAGCCUGUCAGGCGUACUGACCAUUGUCAGCGUGAGUAGGAAAGCGAUACAUAGAAUCGUUUUCAACUUUAGCUGGAGUUUCGUAUACAACACUUUCGCUGUACUGUUGGGUGCGGGCGCCUUUGUGCACGCGAGGAUUCCGCCGGAGUUCGCGGGUCUCGGGGAACUGGUCAGUGUACUACCUGUGGUGUUGGCAGCAGUCUUGUUGAGAUGGUCGAAAGUCUGA